AUGCGUCUCUCCAACUUAAUCGCUUCUGCAUCUCUAUUAUCUGCUACUGCUCUUGCUGCUCCUGCUAACCACGAACACAAGGACAAGCGUGCUGUGGUCACUACCACUGUUCAGAAACAAACCACUAUCAUUGUCAACAAUGCAGCUCCUACCCAAGUUGCUGCUUUGGAAGAAAAUGCUGUUGUUAACUCUGCACCAGUUGCCGCUGCCGCUGUUGAUACUACAACUUCUGCUGCUUCUCCAGCUACUACUGCUGUCGCUGCUUCUGAUGACAAGUCGAAAGCUCCUGCUACCUCAUCUUCAGCUUCCAGCUCAACUGCUACUUCAGCUAAAUCUUCCUCUUCCUCUCAAGCUUCUUCGUCCGGUUCUUCCAGCGAAGACGUGAGCAGCUUUGCUUCUGGUGUUAAAGGUAUUACUUAUACCCCAUACGAAUCCAGUGGUGCUUGUAAAUCUGCCGAUGAGGUCGCUUCUGAUUUGGCUAAAUUGACUGACUUCCCAGUCCUCAGAUUAUACGGUACUGACUGUAACCAAGUUGAAAAUGUUUUCAAAGCCAAAGCUUCGAAUCAAAAAGUUUUCCUAGGUGUUUACUACGUUGACCAAAUUCAAGAUAGCGUUGACACCAUCAAGUCCGCUGUUGAAUCCUACGGUUCUUGGGACGAUGUUACCACUGUUUCCAUUGGUAACGAAUUGGUCAACAGUAACCAAGCCACCCCAUCUCAGGUUGGUCAAUACAUUGAAAGUGGUAGAUCAGCUUUGAAGGCUGCCGGUUAUUCAGGUCCAGUUGUUUCUGUUGACACCUUCAUUUCUGUGAUAAACAACCCAGAAUUAUGUGAUUACUCUGACUACAUGGCCGUCAACGCCCAUGCUUACUUUGACAAGAAUACUGUUGCUCAAGACUCUGGUAAAUGGUUGUUAGAACAAAUCCAAAGAGUUUGGACUGCUUGUGAUGGUAAGAAGAAUGUUAUCAUCACUGAAUCUGGAUGGCCAUCAAAGGGUGAAACCUACGGUGUUGCUGUACCAUCUAAGGAAAACCAAAAGGACGCUGUUUCCGCCAUCACUAGCUCCUGUGGUUCCGACACUUUCUUGUUUACUGCUUUCAACGACUACUGGAAGGCUGACGGCGCUUACGGAGUUGAAAAAUACUGGGGUGUUCUAUCCAAUGAAUAG